AGUAUGAUACUUGGUUCAAGCGAAAGGCAAUGUUGUCGUUACUAUUUUGGGAUUAGACAAACCUUUUAAUUAUGGACUGUCAGUAUUUGGGGAUCUUUUAUAAUACGUAAUAUUGCACGCAUAAACAUAAAAAAGCAGUAACGUGUAAGUUUAAUAUGGCAGACCCAACCAGCAUUAAUGCCGAGAAAAAUUUCAAAAGUGGACACCAGAAUGCAAACCAUUCCCGUCGAACCGAUUUGAAGAAAACGGUUGUUCUGCGCCGAAACGAAGGCCAUCAAAAUGUACGCCCAGAUUCCUCAAAGUCCGCAGCUGUCCAGCCCAUCUCCGGUGUACCAGUUAAACACGGUGGACGAUUUUCCCCCGUUAAAUCGAGUAAUCUAAAUAAUAACGCUUCCCUUGUUGCCCGGAGACCGCCUUCGCCGUCAACGAGUGCUACUUCCGGUGCGAACCAGUCAUUGCGUAGCACUUCGCACGACCGUGGAAUGUGGCCCAAACUGAAUGGUCUAUCGAAUAAAUCUGCCAAAAACGAACAGUUUACCACAGUUAAUCUCGGCCCACGAGAAAAACGCGUCGUCGAUCCACCGCCAUCCCGAAUACCACAGCGGACGAAUUCUCCCAGUAUUAAGCCUGUUAUAUAUCGCACAUUAUCCACGGAGUCCCGUUUCAGUCACACGCUGAAAUCAAAUAAUCGCAUCAAUAUGUCUUUCGAUAAUUCAAAAUACUGGGAAAUCGAGAAAACCAACCGUUUCCUAGCGGAACGCAUUCAGAAUACUAAGCCGACCUAUUCGCGGAUGCCUGCGGAAUCCAGACCUUUGCGAUCCCGAUUUGAGCUGAAACAGUCGAAAGAUUUCUUCAGCCUGCAACGAGACAAUAUGAGAAUAGCAACCCGAAUUGUGCAAGCAAAACCCACAGUCCCUGCCGCUCGACCAAAAAGUUCCCUUGCUGGUUCAAGACCGAGUUCGUCUGCUUCUACAUUCAAUUAUUCCUCUGUUUCACGAUCAGAAUCGUAUUCGAAUCUCCGACGCCCGGAAUGGAAUAGUCGGUGGUAAAUCCGCGGCAAUAACAUCUGGAAAGUUUGGGCGCUUGCCAUCUCGUGUUAAUUAUCGUCAAAAUUCUGCGAUCAAUAAGUGGGCAAACCUAGGAAAUUUUUGUUGGGCCUGAUGGCAAGAGUUAAUCAGCUUUUCUCAGUUUUGUGAGUAAGAUCUAAACUGGGGGAAAGGAAGUCCACAUUUUACAGAUGAUGUACAUAUCUAUACUUGUAUACACAGGUCAAAUGCGUUUAAAGUUAUUUGUAAGCUUUAGAAAACAUGUAAGCUGGACUGUUAUGGUUCCUCAUUUCAAUAAUACCUACACGGAAAAGCUGCAGUCUAAGCUUUAAAAAAA